AUGGCGGACAUUACUUAUGAUGUGGAGAAGAAACGGCAGGAGCGUUCGUCGCUCGGCAAGGAGUUCAUCAAGAGGGAGACUGUCUUCCUGCAUCACUCCUACGGAUGGGAAACCCAGAGGAGAAAUAAUCUCCACCGCCUCGGGGAGGCGAAGUUGUUGACUUGCGCAGGGAGCACGGUGGUGAUCCUUGACCUGGUCACGUUGGAGAAGGAAUAUCUCGAGGGAAUCGACAACGGAGGCAUCGGAGCCAUCACCGUCCACCCAUCAGGGAACUACUUUGCUGUAGGCGAGAAGCACGUGGGGGGAAGCCCUAACGUCUACAUCUAUGAGUAUCCCUCCCUCCGGCUGAUCAGGAUCUUGAAGGAGGGAACCGAACGUUCCUUCAGUGAUCUGCGAUUCGACAAGACGGGGGAGAUGCUGGCGACAGUGGGAGGCUUCCCUGACUACCUCCUCCAUGUGUGGGACUGGAAGAAGGAGGCAGUGAUGCUGAGAGCCAAGGCCUUCUCACAGGAGGUCUUCAACGUCUCGUUCUCUGAUCGCUUCGAUGGAACUCUCUACACUUCCGGGACAGGUCACAUCCGCUUCUGGAAGAUGGCGCACACCUUCACAGGACUCAAGCUGCAGGGAGAGAUCGGAAAGUUCGGCGCCAUCGAGCUCUCCGACAUCUCUGCCUACCUGGAGCUCGCGGACGGGAAAGUGCUGACAGGAAGCGAGUCUGGGAACCUGCUGCUGUGGGAUGGAGGCCUUAUCAAG